CUCUGCUCUCAGCAACCAUCACACCCUUGCAUGAUAAUGAGGUAUGCAGCUCCCAGUCUACAUUCAUACCAACAUCUGAAGGGCCCUUUAUGGCCAGGCUCAACGCUCAUCAACACGUCCAGCCCUUGCGGGCAUGCCUUCGAGUCACCUCAGCAGCGAGCCACGCUUCAGAGUUCACCUGAGCUUGUUGAGUGGGCCACCCAAGGUCGACACCGACACACAGAGCUCAGAGGUACUCUCCCCAGUGAAUCACGACGUGCUAUCGAGAACAGCGCUACUGUUGCAUCCGUUUCGUGCUCGAAGGUGCCCGAAAGGUGCGCAAAGGCAGCCUUCCGACCUCAGUCCCCUCGAGGAGGCCAAGAAGGCUGAACCUUCACACGAAGGCGAGGAGGCACAAAGAGGCUUCAGAGGAAGUGUUUUGCGCAUUGAGGCUGUCGAUCGUGUGCUGUCCCGUGAGGACGUCACCUCUAGAGAGGCGAGCAUGGCAUCGGCCGAAGCGUCCACGUCUGCAAGUACUGUCUCCGCAGGCGCAUCUGCUCAAGGUCAGCAUACACCACCUAGAAACGUUCCUGCGCCAUUCUCGGUGGCCGAACUGUGUAGCCCUCACCCGUCUUCUUCACCUCCUGCCUCACCGCGUACCGUCGCCGAGAAGAGCGGGCCGCUUGCACGCUGGGAAUGGCAAGGCUCGUUUGGAGGAGAGGACAAGGAGGCGAAGAGAAGGGUGCUCGGUGCAAAUGCGAAGGGAGACAGCACUCGAGCAUUGGAGAUACGAGGAUCGGAGGAAGUCGCUUUCGGUCUGGUGCACCUAUUUCGUCCACAGUCCUCCAGCGAAUCCGGCCUUUUGAAUGCAAACGGCCCAGGAACCCCUACUCGAAUGACCAAUGCGGGCGCGAGUGACCUUGCAAAAGAAGACGCGCCGUCUACGACAGUGCUGACUGACGACAAUGAGGAAGAUGCAGGUACAAUUUUGGCUGUUCUUGGCGUGCCUGCUUAUAUGCACGCAGCCGACUUCCUGGCCUUUGUCGAAGCCGCUGUUGAGGUCUUUGAGCAUGUCCGGAUUCUUCGGGAGUCCUCUCCUGGACGCUGCUUGAUCCUCAUCAAAUUUCGGGAUGCCUUGGACGCUGAAUUCUUCUACAAGGAAUUCAAUGGAGCACCAUUUAACGCGAUGCACCCCAACGAUCUCUGUCGCGUGGUGUAUGUGACAGCCGUGACCAUCAGUGCUGGGUUUGGUCAGCCCAUGCUUGCGCUCGCCAACACGGAUCCCUGGCCUCUACCAAUCCGCCGUCCAGCCGGCGCUAGCGAGUACUCAGAGUACGAGCUCCCCACUUGUCCAGUAUGCCUAGACCGCAUGGACAGCAGCGUCACAGGAUUGAUGACAGUGACAUGCCAGCAUUCGUUUCAUUGUGCUUGUCUCGGCAGAUGGGAAGACUCAAGGUGCCCUGUGUGCCGGUACACCCAAUCGAGACGUCGCGGAGCAGCGGGACAACGAGGCUCGGCUGCUAUGGCUCAUAGCAGCCUAAGACCCGACGAGGAAGAAGAGGAGGGUGCCGAACAAAGUGCAUGCGCUUCUUGUGGCACUCAAGAUGAUCUUUGGGUCUGUUUGAUAUGCGCCGCAGUGGGAUGCGGUCGCUACAAAGGCGGUCAUGCCCACAGUCACUUCGACUCGACGGCCCAUGCCUAUUCUCUCGAGCUGGAAACGCAACGCGUAUGGUCUUAUGUGGAAGACGCCUACGUGCACCGUUUGAUCCAGUCCAAAGCGGACGGCAAGCUGGUAGAACUCCCGUCUGUCAGAGGCUCGCAAGCUGGCGCAUCUGCUCAAGUCUAUGGUACCCACGCUGGCAACGAAAGACUUGAGAUGUCCAGCAGACGCGAUGAGAACGAGAAGAUGGAGGCGAUGGGCGCAGAAUUCUCGAUGCUGCUUACCAGUCAGCUCGAUACGCAGCGAAGCUACUACGAGGACCAGCUACGCGGCGUGCAAUCAAAGCUCUCCGAUGCGCUCUCAGCCCUGGACAACGCGCACCUAUCGGCGGGGGAGACCUCAACUCAAAGCGCAACGCUACAUACGCGGAUCGCAGGCCUCGAGAAAGAGCUCGACGCGUCGCGGUCAUCUGCGAGCAAGAGCGAGACGAGGAUGCAAAAGGCGAUAGAGAUGGCUCGCAAGCUUGAGAAGGAUUUCCAGGCAGAAAAGAGCGUGGGCGAAGGCUUGAUGAGGAGGUUGGAGAAGAGCAGAGCCGUGGAAGAUCGACUCGGCCACGAUGUCGAAGAGCUGAAAAAGCAGAAUGCUGACUUGCAAGAUCAGAUGAGAGACUUGAUGUUCUUUGUUUCGGCACGAGACAAGAUUGCUGCUGAAGAAAGCAAUGGCAACGCCGAGUCCUCUUCUCGCCACGAAGCGGCCGGAGGGGACAUCACUGGCAUUGCGGAGCCGAAGAAGGCCAAGGCGAAGAAGAAGAAGAAGAAAGCUGCCAGGAACAAUGUGAAUGCCAAUCCAGGACCUCUUGAAGAGGAUGCUACAAUUCAUGCCUCUAGCGCGGCGCGACAAGGAGAGGAAAGCGAAGAGUAG